AUGGUUGAAUCUACAACUACCACUCGACUGAUUGUUGUUUCUAAUCGUCUACCAGUUACUCUCACCUAUGGCGAGAAUGGAUCUUGGAGUUAUGCCAUGUCGUCUGGUGGGCUGGUGUCUGCUUUGUCUGGGUUAAAAAAGGAAAUGUCGUUUACUUGGAUCGGAUGGCCAGGACUGGAACUUCCUCCCAGCGAGCAAGCAAUUGUUCGUAAACAGUUGAUGGAGCAAUACUCUUGCGCUCCGGUAUUUAUUGAUGAUGAUGUUGCUGAUAAGCACUACAAUGGGUUCUCCAAUAGCAUUCUAUGGCCAUUGUUUCACUAUCAUCCUGGAGAAAUCAACUUCAAUGAAGAUCAUUGGGAGGCUUAUCAGGUUGCCAACAGAGCAUUUGCUGAUGCUCUAGUGGAUGUUGUUGAAGAUGGGGAUGUCAUUUGGGUGCAUGACUAUCAUCUCAUGUUGCUUCCUGCCAUGCUUCGCAAGCGAUUAGAGCCUACAGGGAGGAAUGUUCAAAUCGGAUUUUUUUUACACACUCCGUUUCCUUCAAGCGAAAUCUAUAGGAUUCUGCCUGUAAGAAAACAGGUUCUUUUGGGUGUGCUGAGCUGCGAUCUAAUUGGAUUUCACACGUACGACUAUGCAAGGCAUUUCCUUAGUUCAUGCACUCGUAUUUUGGGCUUGCACACCAUGCCAAAUGGUGUAGAGUACGAAGGUCGAUUGGUUCAUGUUGGCACGUUUCCUAUCGGUAUUGAUCCCAGCAAAUUCACAAUGGGUUUGCAAAAGCCUUCUAUUCAGGACCGUAUUGCACAACUGCGAAAAAAAUUUGAAGGUGUCAAGGUCCUUGUUGGAGUAGAUCGUCUAGACUAUAUCAAAGGCGUUCCCCAGAAACUACAUGCGUUUGAACUAUUUUUGGAAAACCACUCAGAGUGGAACGAAAAGGUAGUUGUUUUAGUUCAAGUUGCUGUACCUUCCCGAGAAAAUGUCGAAGAGUAUCAACACCUGCAACAAGUGGUUAAUGAGCUUAUUGGUCGCAUCAAUGGUCGAUAUGGCACGGUUGAGUUUACUCCGAUUCAUUUCAUUCAUAAAUCAGUUGAUUUUGAAGAGCUGGUAUCCCUUUAUGCUGUUGCUGAUGCAUGCAUUGUCUCUUCUACCCGUGACGGUAUGAAUUUGGUGUCGUACGAAUACAUUGCAUCACAGCAAAAUACCCAUGGUGUGUUGAUUCUUAGUGAGUUUGCAGGCGCUGCACAAUCACUCAAUGGCUCGAUCAUUGUCAAUCCAUGGGAUACAGAAGAGGUUGCACAGGGAAUAUAUGAUGCAGUGACCAUGUCAGAACAAGUACGGAUGGCAAAUCAUCAAAAAUUGUACCGAUAUGUGACAAAAUACACCGCAGCUUACUGGGGUGUGACUUUUGUCAAGGAACUUCAACGUGUAUCUGAAGAA